AUGAUUUGUGCAAUGAUCUUUGGAAAAGGAGGAGAGAACUUAAGAAAACUACGCCUUGAAACAGGGCUCAAUUUUGAUUUGGAAACGGGUAAUAUUGGUCAUAUACUUGUCUUGGGGGCUGAUACUGAAGUUGUGAAGAUAGCAACAGAAAAAGUACAACAGGAAGUCCAAAGAAUAAGAAACGUCAAAAUUCUACCCUUUUCUGAAAAGCUGGUGACGGACAAGGAUGAGGCAUUUCAUGCCUUUAUAUGUGGCAACAUCAUUGGAAAAGGAGGAGAAAACUUAAGAAAACUACGCUUGGAAACAGGGCUCAAUUUUGAGUUGGAAAUAGAUAAUGUUGGUCAUAUACUUAUCUUGGGGGCUGAUACUGAAGUGGUGAAGAUAGCAACAGAAAAAGUACAACAGGAAGUCCAAAAAAUAAGGAACGAAAGAUUCCUACCCUUUUCUGAAAAGGUGGUGACGGAUGAGGAUGAGGCAUUUCAUGACUGGAUUUGUGGCAACAUCAUUGGAAAAAGAGGAGAGAACUUAAGAAAACUACGCUUGGAAACAGGGCUCAGUUUUGAGUUGGGAACAGGUAGUAUUGGUCAUAUACUUGUCUUGGGGGCUGAUGCGGAAGAUGUGAAGAUAGCAACAGAAAAACUACAACAGGAAGUCCAAAGAAUAAGAAACGAAAAAAUUCUACCCUUUUCUGAAAAGGUGGUGACGGAUGAGGAUGAGGCAUUUCAUGACAUGAUUUGUGCAAUGAUCUUUGGAAAAGGAGGAGAGAACUUAAGAAAACUACACCUGGAAACAGGGCUCAACUUUGAUUUGGAAACGGGUAAUGUUGGUCAUAUACUUGUCUUGGGGGCUGAUACUGAAGUUGUGAAGAUAGCAACAGAAAAAGUACAACUGGAAGUCCAAAGAAUAAGAAACAAAAAAAAUCUUUCCUUUUCUCAAAAGGUGGUGACGGAUGAGGAUGAGGCAUUUCAUGACAUGAUUUGUGGCAACAUCAUUGGAAAAGGAGGAGAGAACUUCAGAAAAUUAAUCUUGGAGACAGGGCUCAAUUUUCUUUUGAGAACAGAUAAUGUUGGCUAUGUACUUAUCUUGGGGGCUGAUGAAGAAGAUGUGAAGAUAGCAACAGAAAGAAUACAACAGGAAGUCCAAAGAAUAAGAAACCAAAAAAUUCUACCCUUUUCUCAAAAGGUGGUGACGGAUGAGGAUGAGGCAUUUCAUGAAACAAUUCGUGCAAAGAUCAUUGGAAAAGGAGGAGAGAACUUAAGAAAACUACACUUGGAGACCGGGCUCUAUUUUGAUUUGGAAACAGAUAAUGUUGGUCAUAUACUUGUCUUGGGGGCUGAUGCUGAAGAUGUUAAGAUAGCAACAGAAAGAAUACAACAGGAAGUCCAAAGAAUAAGGAACGAAAACAUUCUAUCCUUUUCUGAAAAGGUGGUGACGGAUGAGGAUGAGGCAUUUCAUGACAUGAUUUGUGGCAACAUCAUUGGAAAAGAAGGAGAGAACUUCAGAAAAUUAAUCUUAGAGACAGGGAUCAAUUUUAUUUUGAGAACAGAUAAUGUUGGCUAUGUACUUAUCUUGGGGGCUGACGCUGAAGUGGUGAAGAUAGCAACAGAAAAAGUACAACAGGAAGUCCAAAGAAUAAAGGGUGAAAAAACUCAACCUUUUACUGAAAAAGUGUUGACAGACGAACGUGAGGCAAUUCAUGACUGGAUUUGUGGCAAUAUCAUUGGAAAAGGAGGCGAGAACUUCAGAAAACUACGCUUGGAGACAGGGCUCAGUUUUGUUUUGAGAACAGAUAAUGUUGGUCAUAUACUUGUCUCAGGAACUGAUGCUAAAGUGGUGAAUAUAGCAACAGAAAAGUUACAAGAAAAAGUCCAAAGGAUAAAGGAUUUAUGA